UUUUUUUAAAAACCUAACCUAUAAAAACAAAUAAUACAAUUUUGAACAAAAAUGAACAAAUUAGACUUUUCUAAUCUGUGCAGAAUAUGUUUAACAAGGACCAAUCACAUGGUUCACUUAACAUCGUCCUUUAACGAAAUAUUUGUCGAAAUUCAAAAAUGCCUGAGCAUUGCAGAUGUGAUUAAUAUUGUACUUCAUUUUACACCGAAGCUGUCCGGACAACAUCCUCAGUUCAUAUGCCUCAUGUGCCUAGAUGCCCUGAAAACGGCUUACGAUUUUUGGACUAUAUGCAAUGAAUCUCGACAAAUUAUUCAACAAUGUUUGGGGGAACCGGAGGAAGAAACAAUACCGAUUAAUUCCAACGAAUCGAACGCAUCUGUAGAACUGAUAGCGGGUCCCAAUAAGUACAAUAUAAACGACUUGUUGAUUGUAGAAGAUGAAAAAGACAAGGCCGAUGAAUUAUUUUUCAAAGGAUUUUUAAACAAUCUUGGCAAAAGUGUCACCGUCACAUUCGUAGAUAAGGAUAAUAGUAAAAAGGCUAAUGUUAAACAAAAUGAUGUACCUUCAGUGGAAGUUGAGGAAUUAUCAUUCGAUAACAAAAAGGAACAUAGUGUACAUUCGAGAACUAGACAAAGAUCAAAUACAUUGGAUGAAUACAUUUUAGUAGAAGGGAAGGAACUUCACAGUAAAAUCGACGAAGAGAUAAUGUUACCAAACAAUACCAUCAACGUAUUGGACAACAUCGAUAAAGAAUUGUUAGAAUCGGCCUUGAAUUUAAAAUACGAAUGCACCGUUUGCAAAAAAAUAUUCGCCCGCGAAGUAAGAUACAAGAAACACAUCGAACAAUGCGGAUCAAAAACCAAAAUCUCGAACACCAACGACCGAUUCACUCCGCAAUCGCAUUGCCGCUACUGCCCCAAGUCGUUUAAUCAACAGAAAUACCUCAAUCAUCACGUAAACAUAACCCACAGGAUCCCCUUUUACACCUGCGAAAUAUGCAAAACGAAACUGAAAAACAAACGGGCCUACAGCUACCACAAAAUGACGAAGCACACCGACGUCCAGCACGUUUGCCAAUACUGCGGCAAAACUUUAGUAACUGCAUGGGCUUUGAAGCUCCACAUCGAGAUCCACACGAGCCGGGACACGCCGCAAUGCGUUUGCCCCGUGUGCGGCAAAACGUUCCACUACAAAGGCGGCCUCUUCUAUCACAUGAAGCAGCACACCGACGAGCGGAAGUACAAAUGCGACUUUUGCGACAGGAGCUUCUACACGUUGUUCGCGAAGAAACGGCACGUUCGAACUCACACCGGCGUCCGCCCGUACGCCUGCCAGUUCUGCGACAAGCGGUUCUUUUCGUUGGGCGAGAAGAAGCGCCACGAAUGGAUCCACACCGGGACGUUGCCCUAUCGGUGCAAGUACUGCAACAAAGGGUUCACGUCGAACUACAACAUGAAGGUGCAUUGUUUCAAUCAUGCCGGGGACUUUGCUUGCGAGUAUUGCAACAAGUCGUUUAUAGACGACGGGGUUUUGCAGUUCCAUUAUAAAAUCAAGCACAAGGAUUUGUCGUUGUCGGGUGGUGAGGAUGGUUAUUAGGAAUCGGGUGAGUAAUUUGUAAUAAAUUUUUAUUUAUAUCAAAAAACUGCUUAAUAAAUAAAU